GUCAACAUUGUAGUUCACUUCAAGCCAAGUUUAGCUCAAGAAUCAACAUGAAAGUGUUUGUGCUCAUCGCCGUUUGCCUGGUGGCCGUAUCCGUCAACGCUGCUGCUACCGAUAAAGAUGACAAGAUGCUAGGCUCCUCCUACGGAGGUGGUGGAUAUGGCCAGCCCGCUGCAGCCGCCGCUGCCUCAGCGUAUGCCGCACCUGCACCCGCAGCUCCCUCUUAUGCCGCACCAGCACCCGUUGCCAUCCCGGCGCCACCCUGCCCCAAGAACUACUUGUUCAGCUGCCAGCCCAACUUGACGCCAGUUCCAUGCAGCGCUCCAGCACCUAGCUAUGGCUCCGCUGGCGCCUACUCCCACUACGCUCCCGUCUACGCACCCCGCCCUCUGCAGUGGUAAACUGACAGCACGAUCAGCACGAUCAGCACGACGCACUAAAUCAAUUGAAUAAAAAACGAAUUUAUUACCUACAAA